AUGGCAGAUUUAAAGAUUUUGAAGUUGAUGCCAUUGUGGUAUGAGAAUGCAAGCUACGGAAUUCUGAUUUCUACAAUUGCAGAACAAUUAUCGAUUGAUACAUCAGAUAAAAUUGUAGAAAUCAAAUACAUUGUGAACGACAAUUGUCCUCCAAUAGAGAUUAGGAAUGAUAUGGGGGGUCGUGUGUAUAUGGAGACCAAAAAGGAGAAUAAGAACUUAGGUUCGUAUCCUUUAUGUAUAAGCGUAAGAGAUUUUAAUAUGGAAUUGGCAAUCACCAACGAUAGCACAAGUGCAGGUUCGUCUGGAUCCCUAAACUUACUUGAAUUUCCAUCCUCACCAGCUACAGAGGAAUAUCAAAGUGAAAUAAUAACUAAAUCUACGCAAACAUAUAUUGAAGAAGGACAAGUUUAUCAGGACAAGCAAACUGUAGCUGCUGCAAUGAAGAAUUUUUCUGUGAUGCACAAGUUCCAGUUCAGAGUAAAAAGAUCUAGUCAUAGAAGCUACUGCCUUAUAUGUGUUGCUGAAAACUGUAAAUGGCACUUCAAGGCAACGUCAAUUAAUGAUUCGGUAAUAUUCAAGAUAAGGAGUUUCAGCCGACAACACACAUGCUCCUUAUUAGACGAAACAUUCAUACAGCGCAAAUGUACUGCAGCUGUAGUUGGUAGCAUGGUCGUUCCAAAGUAUUGUGAUCCUAAGACUGUUUACACACCAAAGGACAUACAAACUGACGUGUUAUCCGAACAUGGACUGAACCUAAGCUACAUGCAAGCAUGGAGAGCCAAGGAAAAGGCUUUACAAUUUUUGAGAGGGAAUCCGUCUGACUCCUACAGCAAACAAUUACCCAAAUAUUUUUAUAUUCUUGAGGAGACUUAUCCUGGUUUUGUUGUUAAAUUGAAGAAGGCAGCAGAUGAUUGCUUCUUAUACGCAUUUGUUGCUCUUUGUACUAUAUUUCCCUUGGCAUAUGCUGUGGUUGAUUCUGAAAACGACGCGUCUUGGAAGUGGUUCUUUGAGCAAUUCAAGGAGGCAUAUGGUGAAAGACCUUCAAUGUGUGUUGUUUCAGAUAGGAAUGAGAGUAUACUGAAGGCAACAUCAAUUGUCUAUCCGGGCAUGCCACACUACUCUUGCAUGUGGCAUAUUUGGACAAAUAUAAGGUCCAAAUUCAAGAAGGGACAUUUACAAUUACAUGAAUUGUACUUUGCUACAGCACGGUCAUACACUCUGGAUGAAUUUAAUAAAAGGAUGUUGAAGAUUGAAGAGGUAGACCCGCGUGUGAAAUCUUACCUAUAUGAUAUUGGCUAUCAUAGAUGGACAAGAGUACAUGCAACGGUGAAUAGAACUUUUACUAUGACAUCAAACAUUGUCGAGUCGUUGAAUGCUGUAACAAAAGAGGCAAGAGAGCUGCCAAUAUAUGAUCUAUUAGAGUAUAUGAGGACGCUUCUUGAACGUUGGACGAAAGAGAAGUUAUUGAAGGCAAAGGGUACUUUCACAUGCCUUGGGUACAAAUUCAACAAAGAAUUGGAUGAAAACAAUAUAUUAUCUCAGAAACUAAGGGUGAGGGCUUCAACAAAUCAUUUAUAUACUGUGUUAGAUGGUGUGAAGCGGUACAUUGUGUGUCUAGAAACCAAGAAAUGUAGCUGCGGAAAAUUUCAACUUGAUGAACUUCCAUGUGCGCAUGCUUUGGCAGCAUUAAGGCAUAGGAAGGAAACAUACGAAAACUAUUGCUCUCCGUAUUACACAAGGAAGAGCCUUCUGCUUACCUAUGAAAUGCCAGUAAAUCCUCUUCCUGAUGAAAGCAAAUGGGAUGUGCCACAAUAUAUUUUGGAUGAGGUAGUAAAGCCACCAGCGGGAGAUAAAAGGCAGCCAGGGAGACCUCACAAGGAAAGAUAUAAAACAUUUGAUGAAAUAAAGUCAGAGAAGUACAAGGUGUCAUGUGGAAAUUGUGGAGGUGAAGGGCAUACCAAAAGAACUUGCAAGAAUGCGCCCAAAAAGAAAUGA